CCCCAAAUGCUCCCAUCUUACUCUCGACAAUUUGGCCAGACUCCUCAAAAGCAAGUACUUCGUUCCUCUUACAACCUCUGGGUUCAUGAUGAUCGUUUCUCAAAACAGGACCUUGUAAUCAAUCCUGACUGUUUUCCUGGCUGUCGAGUCGGUGAUCUCUUGGAAAUCUUUCAUCCCACGGCCCCAAAUGGAACAUCAAAUACAAACUCUGGUGUAGGGAAACCAUCUCAGUCUCACAGUACCCCAGGACGCUCAGCCCAACCCCAACAGAGCGUCUCUCCACCCACAAAACCUAGGACGCCUCAUGCACCACAUCGGAAAGCAAAGACGCUUGUCCUGCAAGUGACGUCGAUAGAUCGUGAAAUUUCUGGCAAGCAGCCGCAGUUGCAGGUGGGCUGAGCCUGUGAUAUCUAUUGCCCAACAUGUUGCUGCACUUUUCGAGCUUCAGGCACGGACGGAUGUCAUCGUUCGUAAAAUUGACAAGGACACUGUAGCUGCAGACUACGUUGAGCUGAAUUUUCGAGAUCAAUACGUUGGACGAAGCGACAUGUGGCGAUUAAAGACCAUGCUAACAAACAGUUGCGUAUAUCACGGCAAAAAGCUAUCUUCACUCGGCAUUCGCGCCCAGAUCAAGGAUAUUGUAGUGGCAGGAAAAAGGUUUGCAUGCGGGUAUAUUACGGAAAAUACAAAGACAAUCUUUCGAUCCGAAACGGCCAAAUAUUUCAUCUUCAUUCAAAUGAGCAAAGAAAUGUGGGAAUUCGAUGAAGACGGGGAACUUUAUUUCGAAAAGUGCGUGCAUGGAUUUUUACCGCAACUGUUUUCAAAGUGGAAGGAAGGCGGAACAAAUCACGUAGUAUCCAUCGUUUUAUUUGCACGUAUCCAUUACCAUAACCAAGAGGAGCUUGCGUCAGAUAAGAGGUCCUCUUUGUUUGAGGAUCAAGCUGAAAACGGCGAUAACCACGCUGUGCCAAUACUCGUAGACACCUCUGGACGAGCGUAUCGAGACUUCUAUCGAGUCGUGGUUGAUUGGGAGAUUCGGAGCGAGUGGUCACAGGUGCUCAUCCCUUUGAAGAAGGAAUUCAUUUCUUUUCAACGCGAUGUGCUCCAGCAACCUACCGGAGACGGCUCAACUGUAUUGUCCGGUUCGAAUUCACCAGCAUGUGAGGGAAACAUUCUCGAAGCGAUUAACCUGGCUCUAAAUCCCUUUGAUCGCCACUACAUUGACCGAGAUUUAUCCCGCACCGGCCUGAGUAUUGUUAUUAUAACCCCUGGUUCGGGUACCUUCGAAGUGGAUAAAAAGCUCCUCAGACUCACCGCGCAGCGAAUGGUGGACAACGGAAUAGGCUUAGACCUGGUUUGCUUAAGUAAACCUCCAUUGUACACAGUCCCUCUCUUUCAGUUUCUCUCAAAGGACUGGGCAGGGAUCUCGGGUUGGGCGAUGAGCAACAGUGGAACAAGCGCUGACACAGAAAGUGCGAUUAGCGGUGAAAAACGAUGGGCUACUCCUGGUCCUGGCGCAACGAAUGGUCGAUUAGUCGAUCGGUCAUUUGAAAAAGUAGGGCUUGGGGUUGGCGGUGCCGGGGUUAAUUUUGCCGGAGGGGGAAUGGCUGGAGGUGGGACCGCUCCCGGUGCGGAACGAAGAUUGGAAGCGUGGGAUCCUCUUUAUUAUGACGAUCCGUCUCCAAGCAAUCCUGAACGCCCCUUUUUUAUGAUGCCUAAUUGGGUGAUGUGUAGCUUUUGGACGCGCGACGACGAAAACUCACGAUCCGGAUUUACGCUGCGCUGUAAGAUGUAUGAAGUGCAGAUGAUGGGUGUAAUGGAACAGAUUGGCUCCGCCAUUAUAGCACCGUAUUUUGACAAAAACGCAAGUGGCGACGAAAUAUCUGAAAGUAAACCCUUAGCCUUAGACGCAGUUGUAAAUCGUUCGGAGCGUUCUGCUGGACAUCCUGAACGAGCCGGACAAGGCGGAGUUAGGUUUGAAAUUGGGGGCGAAGAUGACGAUGACAGCCCAGCCGUGUCCGUUCAAUCUGACAGCCCCUUUGAUUGCGAUCGUUAUGACGAGCUUGUUUUUGCGCCCAGCAACCGACAUAAACCCUUGCUCAAGCACCGAUCAAACUCCACUGUCAACACUAUAACGCUGGAGAAUGAUGCAACAGCCGGCGUUAAGGCCGGGCGAACAGGGCAGCGCACCGAUGGGCACCAGCAAAGCAUAGGGCCAAAUCGUAACGCAAUCACAGGCAAUGCGAUUUCGGUAAGUCCCGAGGGCCUAGCGUCUGCCACGUUGGCGGCCGUAGCGAGGUCAGGGUAUCAUCGCCCAGCACCGGGGGAUACCGUCCGGAGUGUGGACUCGGAUGGAGCUGGAAUCCGGGCAUUGCAUCCAGGAUCCACGUAUUACUGCCCUUGGGAGGAUGGCGAUACUCUCAACGUCGAUGAACGUGCAGCGCUUUUGAGAGCAAAGGCUCGUAUUGAACAAGCGCGUCAAGUUGCGCCCGGUGGAAGCGGCACUGUUAGUCAACUACGACCAAUUCCUUCCCAUGGAUCCUUCGCUCAUGCGUUUCCCGGAGCAAAAUCUGCAACUGGAUCAGUUGACGGGCAAUCCGCGGACAAGAAGGGUCAACGACCACAGUGGCUUGCAAAUCAACAGUCAACGAUUUCCGGAUCCGGCAUGGGAAGCAGGAAGGGGAGCCGGAACAUAUCAGAUGGUUCCACAGGAACCCCGGACCUGAGAGGGAAUCAAUACCAUCCAAUCACAGGCUCUGCAUCUUUUGAAGGACCUGAAAUUCCGGCCGAGCACAGCAUUUCCAGUCAGGGCGCUGAUGUAGAGGAUAGUGUCGCGGGACCGGCCUCCACAUCGCUAGCCCCUAUUCGAAUUCAUUCUGGGGGCCACAUGAAUGUGCGGGCAACUCGUGACGGUUUCUCCGGCUCUGGCUCCUAUAAAGGCGGUCAUUCGCCGCUCGCCAACUAUGAAUAUCUGCGCCAGUACCCCAAGCUGUCCCCUGGGAAAGCACAAGCGACUGGCCUUGCCGCCCGAAAUUUUCUUUUGCAGUCUUCCCUACGACCGAAUCUUAUUAAUCCCUGCAACCCGAGCCGGAAUGUUGUUCGAGCUACCAGUCAGCUUUUUCGCUGGCAACAUGUUUUCCCGCAGAUCCUUGCACCUACGCAUAAUGAUAUAGUUAUGCAUUGGAAGAGCUUGUCCACGCCUGCCUGCUUGCCGCUGACGACCGAUUUCUUCCCCACCGCCGAAGAAUUAUCGGAGUUUUACGAAGAGUAUACCUAUACGGUAUCUCCUGCGGAUGACGCAACGCCGUAUCAGUCGCGAGGUGAAGAUGGGGCGGGUGUGAACAGUGGACGACUCAAGGUCGAGGCGCUUCUGAUGGAACUCGUUGGUCAGCGGUUGGCACAAGGUUUUCAGUUGAUAGCCUCAGGGCUGGGGGCUUCGACCAGCACCGCCGAAAGGCCAGAAGGCAAUGUUUCUGGAGGAACACUAAGUCCUGUCGCUGGCCGUCAGAGCCAAGAUAAGCAGGCAAACAAGAGACUCAUUGGGUCAUUUGCUGACGUCGCGCCGCGUCACCAACGUCCUUUAGCUCAAGGGCAAAGGCACCCUGCACAGCAACCGCAGCAUCCGGUGCAACCGCCAGAUGUACCGUCCAACGACGCAGCUUCAACUAUACCAGUCUCGAUUCCGUAUCAUCUAAGUCUGGGCGAUCAUGUUCACCGGCUAUUUUAUGAUGCCUCUGGGCAAAACGUUGAGGUAAAGCGUUAUGUUCGCAAAGUCACCUACUCUACAUUCCCUAUCCUUUACGCAUGUGGAAUAUGGCCUAAGCAUGACACUUUUUACCGUCCAAAACGCAUGACUUUUACCUACCCACCGGUGACUAUGUACAACUGGAACUACCUUGAUCACCUCAUAUCGGGUUAUCAAGAGGAAAUGACGGAGAAUUUGCGGUUCUGGCGUACGCGCUUUCUCCUCAUUCCGCUCGAAACCGUGGCGGUUAUGAGCCCAUUUUUGAACCCACAAGGGGAAAACCUGGAUGAGGAGGAAGUGAGACUUGUUGGCUUUGCAAAGUUUAUUGAAGUGUUUGAGCGUGCGAGAUGGGUUUCCCCGUGGGAAGAAGAAGAGGCAAAAAUCAGUGGCUUCAAUGGCGUCGGAGUGAAGACACCAGUCACCUCGAAGAAGAUGAAGAACGUGAAAGGGGGACAUAGACUGGAGAUUCAAUUGACGACCUUUAAUACUGCAAGAUUUGUCAGGGAUGAAGUGUUGGGAGGCACUGAAGCCGUCUCCCCUACUACGUCAGGACAUCCGCAGUCGCAACAUCAGCAUCUCCUACAAGUGCCAUUGAUACGACGUGGGUCGAUCAGCUCCAUGGCAAAUGCUACUCCUGUGACGCCCGCCACAUCAACAAACAUCCCGGCUCAUCCAAGUGUUUGUCCUUCUCCAACCAGUGCAUUGACACGAACCACGCCAAUCCAAUUGAUUGCUCAAGCAAUUGCAGCACCUCCACCUAUUGGGGUCGCUUUUUGUGACCGCCGGUGGCAUUUUAGGCUAUACGAGCGUGUCUUCAUUGGUAGCGAGUGCGUUGAUUGGAUAAUCCGGAAUUUCACCGAUAUUGACACUAGAGAAGAGGCUGUCGAAUUCGGCAAUUUCCUAUUGAAAGAGGGUCUGUUUGAGCAUGCCAACAGGAAGCAUAGGUUUUUGGACGGACAUUACUUCUACCGAAUCCGCACGCAGCAUCUGAAGUCAUCCAGCGGGACAUUAAGGGAGAAGGAUAAGGGACAGUCAUGGUUUGCGACGAGGGGAAAGCCCGGAACGCCGGGAGAUGGUGAGGUAUCUGAAAGCAGUAGUGGCGCAUCGGGGACGUCGUCUGGAACCGCCACACCUAUUCAUACGUCACAAGCUCAGCUGCAUAUCCCAAAGAAACCAGAGCAAUAUCGGCUAUCUCGUCGAAUGGUGAUCGAUUUAGACCCUCAGCGACGGUCGCCGAGGCGGGAGACUGCAGUGUUGCAUUAUGAUACGGUGCAUAAUCCUCGUAACUGUUUUCACUUUCAACUGCAUUGGCUUGUAUGCAGUCCGAGGUGGAUAGAAGACCUUGUUGGCGGCUGGGCGAGAGUGGCGGAGAAAUGCGGCUUUAAAAUGGUAGAGGCCGGGAUUGAACAGGCGGAACCCCUUUCUGACGACAACCCAUUCCAAUCUGUCACCCGGAUAAUCCCCGCUGCUGAGCAACCACCGUUACCGCAUUCAUCGCUUCCAUCCACUUUUUAUCUCACAGAAUUAGUAAGGAAGUUUAAUUUUGUGCUGGAUGUGGAGGCUGACUCAGCCUUCCCGCCGGGUUCUGUUACCUGGUCCUAUGAUCGAGGGCGAGGCUACAAACGCACUCAAUGGGUACAUCGGAGCGGCGUUGCCUUUGUACAGAUUGGUACAGCUGAAGAGGGUGGUGGAUUUUGGUGGGUGGCCAAUCGAAUGCAUCUGACAGGCUCAGGCAGUGCGCCUGGUUUGGAGAGAUCAGGUGGUAGCGCUAAAGACCUAAAGGGUGCCAUUGAGAAGAAUCCAGAUCCAGAAACAUUGCGGAAGGCGCUGACAGACUUUUGCGAAAGUGCUGACCAGGUGAAGGAGUUUUGGGAGGAGGUGAGAAGAAAGUUUAAGGAAAUGUUUGGCAGCGCAAAGAGCGACGGAGAAAGCGAUUCCCUCAAUGCCAAGCUCGGGACGGAUGAGCGUGUUGCGGAGGAGAACGUGAUCUCCGAUCUCGGUACUGCCGUCGAAGACGCGUUCGAGGACGUUGGCGACGAUGCGGGGGCAACUGUUGUGCGAGUAGCAGCAGGUGAUCCAUCUAUACAUGUAGAGGUGCAAAAUAGGCCGGAAUCUCGGCCAUCCGAAGGCGGCGAGGCGGAAAACAUGCCUCUCACAAUUCGCUCGCCGAGUAUCCUCGAUCCUCAGUUCUUCUCUCCACCAUUUGGUCCAGCAAAUACUUCAGAAAAAGAAAAUUACCCCACAGCAGAGCAGAAUUACCCUUGAAACAAGCACGAGGGCAUGUAAAUAUGUAUAUACAUGUAAUGGUAGCUAUUAGAUUUGUACAAAGCGCCAAUACUCUACAACGGAUUAUGGCGGUCGUUGAUUAUGAUCAUGCCGUCUGCCAUACAUAUACAUCUACCAAAUUAUCCACAUCCCUGCUUGUUCCAG